CCUGCCCUGAACAAGGUUCCCCUGCGCCGGCUGCGGCUUGCUCCCGUUCCCGGCUGCUGCCGGCGCGAUGUCGGGCUUCAGCCCGGAGCUGAUCGAUUACCUGGAGGGGAAGAUCUCCUUCGAGGAGUUCGAGCGGCGGCGAGAGGAGCGCAAGAGCCGCGAGAAGGAUGGUGAAAAUGCGUCUGCUGAGGAAAACACCGAAGAUGUAGAGGCUCCAUCUUCAUCCAGAAAAGUAUCUGGGAAAUCCCAAAGUCAGGAUGAAACUGACGGAGAAACUUCAGAUGGCGUCAGUAAAUCUGUUCAUCGGGUCUUUGCGUCCAUGCUUGGGGAAAAUGAAGAGGAGGAGGAGGACGAAGAGGAAGAAGAAGAAGAGGAGGAGGAAGAAGAAACUACUGAGCAACCCACAGCUGGAGACGUUUUUGUGUUGGAGAUGGUACUUAAUCGAGAGACCAAGAAAAUGAUGAAAGAGAAAAGACCUCGCAGCAAACUUCCUCGUGCCUUGAGGGGUCUGAUGGGAGAGGCCAAUAUCAGGUUUGCUCGAGGAGAACGUGAAGAGGCUAUUCUAAUGUGCAUGGAAAUCAUUCGACAAGCUCCUCUUGCUCAUGAGCCAUUUUCCACUCUUGCCAUGAUCUACGAAGACCAGGGUGAUAUGGAGAAGUCGUUACAGUUUGAACUAAUUGCAGCUCACUUAAAUCCUAGUGAUACUGAGGAAUGGGUUAGACUUGCAGAAAUGUCACUGGAACAGGACAAUAUUAAACAGGCUGUUUUUUGCUACACAAAAGCUCUGAAAUAUGACCCAACCAAUGUGCGUUAUCUAUGGGAGAGAUCAAGCCUGUAUGAACAGUUGGGGGAACAUAAGAUGGCUAUGGAUGGCUACAGGCGUAUUUUGAAUCUCCUGUCUCCCUCUGAUGGAGAGCGCUUUAUGCAGUUGGCUAGAGACAUGGCAAAGAGUUAUUAUGAAGCCAAUGAUGUGACCUCUGCUAUUGAGAUAAUAGAAGAAGCCUUUACUAAACACCAGAGCCUUGUCUCCAUGGAAGAUGUUAACAUCGCAGCUGAACUAUAUAUUUCUUCCAAACAGUAUGACAAAGCAUUGGCGGUUAUUACAGAUUUUGCAGGAAUUGUACUUGAAAAGAAAGUAUCAGAAAAAAGUCCAACCGAGGAGAAAAAAGAUACAGGGGCAGCGGUAGAAACUCAGGAAAGCCAGGAGACAGUGACUGAUGACCAAAGUCAUCCGGUUGCUGAAUCCAGUGCUGCAGCUGUGGAGAAGGUCAGCUGCUGCAUACCUGAGGGCGUUCCCAUAGACAUCACGGUCAAGCUGAUGGUGUGCUUGGUUCACUUGAACAUCCUAGAGCCGCUCAAUCCUCUUUUGACCACUCUGGUGGAACAAAAUCCAGAAGAAAUGGGUGACUUGUAUUUGGACGUUGCAGAGGCAUUUCUGGAUGUUGGAGAAUACAACUCAGCACUGCCUCUCUUGAGUUCCCUUGUCUGUUCAGAACGAUACAACUUGGCUGUUGUCUGGCUCCGGCACGCAGAGUGCUUGAAGGCUUUGGGACACAUGGAGCGUGCUGCAGAGAGCUAUGCCAAAGUUGUUGAUCUUGCUCCGUUGCAUCUGGAUGCAAGAAUCUCACUUUCAACACUUCAGCAGCAGCUGGGCCGACCUGAAAAAGCUCUGGAGGCUCUGGAACCAAUGUAUGAUCCAGAUACACUGGCUCAGGAUGCUAACGCUGCCCAGCAGGAAUUAAAGCUACUCCUCCAUCGUUCGACACUGUUGUAUUCCCAAGGCAAAAUGUAUGGUUACAUAGACACUUUACUUACGAUGCUGGCAAUGCUGUUGAAGGUAGCAAUGAGCAGAGCUCAGGUGUGUUUGAUAUCUAGUUCCAAAUCUGGAGAGAGACACCUCUAUCUUAUUAAGGUGUCAAGGGAUAAAAUUUCUGACAAUGACGACCAAGAGACAGCAAAUUGCGAUGCGAAAGCCAUUUUUGCUGUUCUCACAAGUGUUCUGACAAAAGAUGACUGGUGGAACCUCCUCCUGAAGGCUAUAUAUUCCUUGUGUGACCUCUCCCGGUACAAGGAGGCGGAGCUACUAGUGGAUUCCUCACUGGAGUAUUAUUCAUUUUACGAUGACCGACAAAAGCGCAAGGAGCUGGAAUACUUUGGGCUCUCUGCUGCAAUUCUGGACAAGAACUUCAGAAAAGCGUACAACUAUAUCAGAAUCAUGGUAAUGGAAAAUGUCAAUAAACCUCAGCUAUGGAACAUAUUCAAUCAAGUUACUAUGCAAUCUCAGGAUGUCCGUCACCAUCGCUUUUGUCUCCGCUUAAUGCUGAAAAAUCCUGAUAAUCACGCACUGUGUGUCCUAAACGGGCAUAAUGCGUUUGUAUCUGGCAGUUUCAAGCAUGCUCUUGGACAGUAUGUGCAAGCCUUUCGUGCAAACCCAGAUGAACCUCUGUACAGUCUUUGUAUUGGCUUGACUUUCAUCCACAUGGCUUCUCAGAAAUACGUGUUGAAAAGGCAUGCUCUUCUAGUACAGGGGUUCUCCUUCCUUCACCGGUACUUGGACCUGCGUGGACCAUGUCAAGAGUCUUUCUACAACCUUGGCCGUGGCCUUCACCAGCUGGGAUUACUGCACCUGGCAAUCCACUAUUACCAAAAAGUACUUGAACUUCCUCCUCUCACCUUAGAGGGAAUAGAAACUGAUCAGACAGACUUGAGAAGAGAUACUGCCUUUAACUUGUCGCUUAUUUAUCAGAGCAGUGGAAAUACUAGAAUGGCUCAAAAGAUGUUGUAUACCUACGCAGUUGUAUGAUGAGCGAAUGACUCUUGUCCCUUCAUACGGAAAAAGUUUAUCAUGUCCCAGGAAACAGAGCCCUCAGCACUGAACUAACGCUUAGAAAACAGAAGCCAGAGAUCUGGUACACAGAUUCCCUUUGCGUUACCCUUUUCCAGAACUGAGUCUGAAAUACUCGGAAUCCUAUUGCUUGUACAUUUUUUAAAAUAGACUUGACAUAGAGGAAGGUUGUGGGGUUUUUUAAGACUCAUCUUAAAAAUCGACCAACAUCAAGGCAUUACUGUUAAUUACUUUCUUUCUGAUCCCUACUGCUGCUAGAAUUCUGAAGUAGUUUAGUUUUUAAACCGAGGGGGUAUGAAUCUUAGCAUUCAUACAAAUAAAAAGGAAAAAUACAAUCUGAAUGCUGAUGACACUUAAACUGCUUUCUAAAUUGUUUUUAAGCACCAAAUAACAGAAACUUGCAUUUCAUUAAACCCAGUCAAUAUGGACUGGAAAAUUCAUCCUGCUAGCAAACAGUGUUCUGAAAGGAUGUUCUAAACAAUUGUGAGCAUCUGGAAGGAAGAGAUGCUACUUGUCUCAAUGCCAAUUAUCUAAAGCUUUCUCAAAUGCUUGUGGAAAAAAACUAUAUAUGAAGAGAGAACUUAGAUUUUUCCUUAGCUAUAUCCAACUUGCACAUAUAUGGUUAUGAGAUAAACAGUCUUUUACUUAGAUUUCACUUUUACACAAUAUUAUAAAUGUUAUAUUGUAAUGGUGCAGCAGUAACAGAUUAGACUAGUCAAGACUUCAGACAAAGCAAGAGACAAAAUAGACGCUGUAGGAACAUGAGCUCCCCAAUAAAAAGAAGUUUAAACAGGUGCAGCCCACGUGAACUGACCUGCCUGAAGGAAAAGCAAAGCACAGAACAUGAGAUGUGUACAGAAAAUACAUAUGCUAAUCUAGGCUUUAAGUAUAUAGCCACAGCUGUACUGUCCAAUACAGAAUUGGGUAAGUUUUAAACCAUGUUUCACUUGCAAUACUGCUAAUAAAGUGCCUUUACUUUGGAAUU